UCUUGCUUUCCAUUCUCAACCAUGAGGCCCCUUCUCAUCAUUCUUGCUCUUCUACUGGCAAACGCUGCUGCAGAUUGUGAUGUGCUUCAAGAUCUCUGCGUUGCCGAUUUGUCCUCAGAAGUGAAAAUAAAUGGGUACACCUGCAAGAAUGCUGCAACUGUAACUCCGAAUGAUUUCUUCUUUGCUGCCCUUGCCAAUCCAUCCCCCAUCAACAACAACACCCUGGGGAUUGAGGUGACUCUUGGUAAUGUUGAAAAAGUCCCCGGACUCAACACGCUUGGUAUUUCUGUAGCACGCAUCGACUACGCCCCUGGUGGGAUCAAUCCUCCCCACUCGCAUCCACGUGCCUCUGAGAUUAUCUUCGUUCUGGAAGGCGAGCUGGAGGUUGGAUUCAUAACCACUGCAAAUGUGUUGAUGGCAAAACAAAUCAAGAAAGGUGAGGUAUUUGUGUUCCCAAAAGGGUUGCUCCAUUACCAGAAGAACAUUGGGAAGGGGCCUUCUGCUGUUAUUGCUGCCUUUAACAGCCAGCUUCCUGGCACUCAGUCUGUUGCUGCCUCCUUGUUUUCAGCCACACCAGCAUUGCCUGAUAAUGUCUUGGCCAAGGCAUUCCAUAUGUCUACCCCGGAGGCUGAAAAGAUUAAGUCAAGGAUUAGGAACAGAAUUGUUCCUUAAGAGGAAAGAAACCCAAAAAACAAACCCUACGAAUAAGGUACCCCACCACCAGAAUUUAACUGUUGAUAAGAAGAGAUCAGGAAAGCAAAACCAAACCCAGCAGCGCUAGCUGGCCUCAAACCUCAGACGAGACGAGAAAGAACAAGACCACUAAACCUACAAGCCAUCCGCAAUCUGAGUGAGCAUAUCGGAAAACCAAUAAAAUAUUGUUGACACC